GGCGACUGGGCGGGGGUGGUCGGGCCGAGGGAGCCGCGUGGCAGAAAUGGGUGGGCCUUGGGUUCUGGAGGCCGAAAGCGCUGUCGGGGGGCGAGGUUGACCUGUGGUGGCCCGUCGCUGCGGAUCGCCAGCGGAUUUCCUUCAUUGCAUCACUACCACUGAUGGAGGAUAUAUUGGAGUAAAUGCUGAAACUGGAUGGUACUGAGCAGAAGACAGUCCGUUUCACUUUUUCCCCCCCACUGCUUGAACUUUACUGUAACGGCUGAAAAACUUGGAAAAUAAAAAUGAACUUGCUGUUGUCUUGAACAUACUUUUUUUUUUGGCGGAAAUAUUAAAGUGCCAGAGUGAAAACCACAAUGGCAUCCAGAGAGAGACUCUUUGAACUUUGGAUGCUUUAUUGUACAAAGAAAGAUCCAGAUUAUCUGAAACUUUGGUUGGACAACUUUGUUUCUAGCUAUGAGCAGUUCUUAGAUGUCGACUUUGAAAAACUGCCCACCAGAGUGGAUGAUAUGCCUCCAGGAAUAUCUUUGCUUCCUGAUAAUAUCCUUCAGGUUCUGAGGAUCCAGCUGCUUCAUUGUGUUCAGAAAAUGGCAGAUGGCUUAGAGGAAGAACAACAGGCUUUAUCAAUUUUGCUUGUCAAGUUUUUCAUUAUUCUCUGCAGAAAUCUAUCUAAUGUUGAAGAGAUUGGGACUUGCUCAUAUAUUAAUCACGUUAUCACUAUGACAACACUCUAUAUUCAGCAGUUGAAAAGCAAAACAAAAGAGAAAGAAUUGGCAGAUCAAACUUCUAUUGAAGAAUUUGUGAUCCACGCAUUGGCAUUUUGUGAAAGUUUAUAUGAUCCCUAUCGGAACUGGAGGCAUAGAAUUUCAGGACGGAUACUUAGUACUGUGGAAAGGAGCAGACAGAAGUAUAAACCAGCUUCUCUCACAGUAGAGUUUGUACCUUUCUUUUAUCAAUGUUUUCAGGAAAGUGAACAUCUCAAGGAAAGUCUUAAAUGUUGCUUAUUGCAUCUCUUUGGAGCUGUCGUGGCUGGUGGGCAGAGGAAUGCUCUGCAAGCAAUUUCUCCUGCCACCAUGGAAGUUCUUAUGAGAGUUUUGGCGGAUUGUGAUUCAUGGGAAGAUGGAAAUCCUGAAGAAGUGAGUAGGAAGGUAGAACUUACUCUGAAGUGCCUUACAGAAGUUGUACAUAUCCUUCUCACUAGCAGCUCUGACCAGCGCCAAGUGGAAACCAGCACUAUUCUGGAGAACUUUUUUAAAUUGCUAAAUUCAGAUCAUUCUGCUUUACCCAAUCAAAAGAGAUCGAGACAGUGGGAAAACCGGUUUAUUGCCCUACAGAUAAAAAUGCUGAAUACCAUCACAGCCAUGUUAGAUUGUAUGGAUAGACCUGUUCUCCAGGCCAUUUUUCUUAACAGCAAUUGCUUUGAACAUCUCAUACGAUUACUGCAGAACUGCAAGCUAUUUUUAAAUGCUAACAAUAAGGUGGCAGACAAGAACGAGAAAGACCUUGCCAACAAAUUACUGACAGAAAUGAAUGAGGACCAGGUGUUGCAGGGACGGUUGGACUGUUUGGCUGUAUCAACCAUUCAGGCUUUGACAGCAUUGAUGCACAAAUCUCCAGCUGCUAAGGAAGUAUUUAAAGAAAGAAUUGGUUAUAGACAUUUAUUAGAUGUAUUAAAAUCCCUGGGUCAACCACCAUUGGAACUACUAAAAGAACUCAUGAAUAUGGCUGUAGAGGGUGAUCACACUUCAGUUGGGAUUUUGGGCAUUGGUAAUGUCCAGCCUCUUCUGCUUCUUAUCCAAUGGAUUCCAGAGCUAGAAUCUCAUGACCUGCAAAUCUUCAUCUCUGACUGGCUGAGAAGAAUUUGUUGUAUCAAUAGACAAAGUCGAACUACUUGUGUCAAUGCAAAUAUGGGAAUUCAAAUUAUAGAAGCCCUGGAUUCCCAGUCUUCCCUCCAUCGAACUUGUGCUGAGAACUUGAUUGCACUUCAUGGUUCCUUGGGGAGUCAGUCAAUCAGUGCAGAAGAAAUUCAUCGAUUACUAAGAUUACUGAGAGUGGAUGAAUCUGAGUUUAUUCACCCUUACACCAUUUCUGUGACUCGAGCAAUCCUAAUGAUGGCCCGAAAACAAAGCCUAGAGAGUGCACUACAGUAUUUUAAUUUGUCACAUAGUAUGGCAGGAAUUUCUGUGCCUUCAAUACAGAAAUGGCCAGGGUCGGCCUUUUCUUUCAGUGCCUGGUUUUGUUUGGAUCAGGAUCAAUUGACUCUUGGCAAUGGUAACAAAGGAGGAAAAAGAAAACAAUUAUACAGCUUUUUUACAGGAAGUGGCAUGGGUUUUGAAGCUUUUGUUACCUAUGCAGGUAUGCUGGUUGUGGCAGUGUGCACAAAAAGAGAAUAUGCAACAGUUAUGUUACCUGACCACAGUUUUUGUGAUUCCCUCUGGCAUAACAUCACCAUUGUUCAUAUGCCUGGAAAAAGACCUUUUGGUCAGAGUCUUGUUUACAUCUAUGACAAUGGACAGCAAAAGGUCUCUGCCCCUCUCAGAUUUCCUGCCAUGAACGAGCCAUUUAUUUCCUGUUGCAUUGGUUCUGCUGGGCAGAGAACUACCACUCCUCCACCAUCCCAAAUCCCAGAUCCACCUUUUUCUUCUCCCAUUACCCCUCAUCGGACUUCGUUUGGUGGAAUACUGUCUUCAGCUUCCUGGGGUGGGACAGUUGACAAAUCAAAAUCAGUUACCAAAUUGAUAUCAGCUGGAACCCAAGAUAGUGAAUGGGGAUGUCCUACAUCUUUGGAGGGUCAGCUUGGGUCUGUUACCAUUUUUCAUGAAGCACUACAGCCUCCUCAGGUGAAGGCAUUAUAUUUAGCAGGACCAAACUGUUUAAAUCCUUGGAAAUUCCAAGACACUGACAUGGCUGAUGUGCCUGGUAAUGUCCUUCUUCACUACACUGCAAAGGCAUGCAAAAAUUCAAUCUGUCUUGAUUUAUCUGCUAAUUGUUUGCAUGGAAGGUUAACAGGAAACAAAGUAGUAAAUUGGGACAUUAAGGACGCCAUAAAUUGCAUAGGUGGUUUAAACGUACUCUUUCCUUUAUUGACUCAAAUCAGCCACUUCAGUGAAGGACGUAUUCCUGAAGAAACAAAUGAAAGUACAGUUUCUGAAUUGAUAGCACCUUUAGAAGGAGAUUGGGUGCUGUUGACCUCCACAAAGGCAUCAGAAUCAAGAUUAGAACGAAAUUUAAUUGCAACAUUUAUUUUGAUUGUGAAGCACUUUAUUCAAAGACAUCCUAUUAACCAGGAUAAUCUUAUUCACUCCCAUGGAGUUGCCACUCUUGGUGCCUUACUGCAAAAGGUGCCAAGCACCUUGAUGGAUGUUAAUGUGUUGAUGGCAAUUCAGUUGCUGAUUGAGCAGGUAUCAUUAGAGAAAAAUAUGCAACUUCUUCAACAAAUGUAUCAGUAUUUACUUUUUGACUUCCGAAUUUGGAACCAUGGAGAUUUUCCCUUUCGAAUUGGUCACAUACAGUAUCUCUCCACCAUCAUCAAAGAUAGCCGAAGAGUUUUCCGAAAGAAGUAUGGUGUGCAGUUUCUCCUAGAUACACUUAGGAUUUAUUAUGGGAGUGAUUGUAAAUACAGUGAGCUGACUCUAGAUGAUAUUCGAACAAUAAGGACAUCUUUGUAUGCAUUAAUUAAAUAUUUUCUGUGCAAAGGUGGGACCCAUGAAGAGAUACAAAGCAUUAUGGGUUAUGUUGCUGCUGUCAAUGAAGAAGAACAGCUCUUUGGAAUUUUGGAUAUUCUUCUCAAUCUCCUACGUACUAGCCCAACCAGAGGCCAACUUUUCUUACUGCUAUUUGAACCAGGAAAUGCUGACAUACUUUAUGCAUUGCUCUUAAAUCAGAAGUACUCUGACAGACUAAGAGAAAUCAUUUUUAAGGUUUUGGAGCAAAUGUUGAAAUGCACUAAUGUUUAUGAACGAAGUAAACAACGUAUUCGACUCAGAGAAGUUGGUUAUUCAGGAUUGGGACUUCUUCUUAAUGAAUCACCUGUUAGUGCCUCUCUUAUUAAAAACCUCAUCCAUCAAAUCAUCAAUACAGAUCCUGCUAUUAAUUUCAAAGAUCUAUUGUCUGUGAUUUAUAUAGCUCACAAAGCACAUGUAAAUGUCAGAGUUUUCAUCUGCAGAAAGGUUUUACAGAUUUUACAGUCCCAGCCAGAUGCAGCACACCAGAUAUCCCAACAAGUGGGUUGGCAAGAUACUUUAGUUAGACUCUUUUUAAAAGAAAAUUUUGAAGGUGGUACUGUGCUUCAAAAGCACAGUAGGGCCGUUUUAAUGAAAGAUCAUGAUAAGAACGUAUCAGCUGAAGAUACUAAGAAGAACUUGGAUGAAAAGACAAAUGAAAAAAACUCAUUCCCAUCCAUUCAUAUGUCUUCAGAUCAAUGGAGUUUGGAAGACAGACAAUAUUUAGAAUCAAAUGUACCAUUUCAAGAAGAAGGCUCGGGGGGAGAGUUGUCUUUCAAAUCAGAGAAUCAAGAUGAAUUCUGGCAUAAUAAUCAUUCACAUUUGAGUUUGGAUCUCAGUGAAUUUGACUCCUGUGAAAUGAGUGACAGUGGAAGUCACAUGCCAGACAGCCUCCCUAGCACUCCAUCCCCAGUUGAAUCUACUAAGUCAUUUUCUGUGCAGUCUGAAAGGGAAAGUAGCACAAAUGAGAAGGACCUAAGUGAUGACUUCUCUUUACUCGAUUGUCAACAGAAAUGUGAAGAGGAGCUUCUUCAGUUGCUGACAAAUAUUUUGAAUUAUGUAAUGUGCAAAGGGCUGGAAAAGUCUGAUGAUGAAACUUGGAUUGAACGGGGUCAAGUGUUUUCAGCACUGUCUAAACCAGGAAUAUCCAGUGAGCUACUUCAACCAUCAGAUGAAAUAAAGCUAAUUUUGCUACAGAAGAUGUUAGAAUGGGCAGUCACAGAAAACAGAGAUGCAAAAGCUAAUCUAGUAACUGCUGAAAAUGCCUUUCGACUCAUGUUGGUCAUACAGGACUUUCUGCAGUCAGAAGGACUUGUUAAUUCAAACAUGUGGACUGAGAAGCUCCUAGAGGAUAUGAAUCUGCUCUUUGAUAGUUUGUCAGUUUGGUAUUCUGAAAGUCCAGAGUGGAUAAAACUUUCUCAGAUUCAAGUACAGUUGCUUCUAGGAUUCAUUGAAAGGGGUAAUUUACAGGCUUGUGCGGUGGCAUCAGCUAAGCUAAAUGCCCUUCUUCAGACCAAAGUGAUUGAAAAUCAAAACGAAGCAUGUUAUAUAUUAGGGAAGCUUGAACAUGUUCUAAGACAGUCAAUCAAGGAACAGACCGAAAUCUACUCAUUUCUAAUUCCUCUUGUACGUACCCUGGUUUCCAAAAUUUAUGAACUUCUCUUCAUGAACUUACACCUGCCAUCUUUACCUUUUACCAAUGGAAGCUCCUCGUUUUUUGAAGAUUUUCAAGAAUAUUGCAGUUCAAAUGAAUGGCAAGUUUACAUUGAAAAAUAUAUUGUACCUUAUAUGAAGCAAUACGAAACCCACACAUUUUUUGAUGGUCAUGAGAACAUGGCACUUUAUUGGAAAGACUGUUAUGAGGCCUUAAUGGUGAAUAUGCAUAAACGAGACCGGGAAGGAGGAGAAAGCAAGCUCCAGUUUCAGGAGUUCUUUGUGGUACCAUUUACUCGAAAAGCACGACAGGAGAACUUGAGGUAUAAUAAUAUGCUCAAACAACUUGGUAGUCAACACCUAGUAGCUCUGAGUCACUGGAAGACAAUACAGCUCUAUCUUACAUGUGAAAGGGGACCGUGGGCUGAAAGGAAACAAAGAGAAAUACACUGGAAACUAUCAAAUGUAGAAAAUUAUUCCCGCAUGAGGCUAAAAUUGAUUCCGAAUUAUAACUUCAAAACCCAUGAUGAAGCUAGUGCUUCUAGGGAUAAUUUAGGUAUUCAACACUCACAGCCUUCCAGUGAUUCUUUGCUUUUGGAAGUGGUGAAACAAGUAAAAGUUAAUGAUAUGAAGGAGGAUAAAUUAGACCUUCCUGAAGAGGACUUAACCGCCAGGACAAAUAUUGAUGAGAAAGAAGAACAGGAUCAAAAAGAAAAAUUGGUGUUGUCAGAAGACUGUGAACUUAUUACAAUAAUUGACAUAAUUCCCGGCAGAUUGGAAAUCACUACUCAGCACAUUUACUUCCAUGAUGGCAGUUUUGAGAAAGAAGAUGGAGUAGGCUUUGAUUUCAAGUGGCCUCUUUCUCAAGUUCGAGAGAUUCACCUGCGGCGUUAUAAUUUAAGGAGGUCAGCCCUUGAGAUUUUUCAUGUUGAUCAAUCCAACUACUUUCUCAAUUUCAAAAAAGAGGUUAGAAAUAAAGUAUAUAGCAGACUGCUGUCCCUUCAUUCUCCAAAUAGUUAUGGAACUAGAUCACCACAGGAGUUAUUUAAAGCAUCAGGAUUGACGCAGAAAUGGGUAAACAGAGAGAUAUCCAAUUUUGACUACCUUAUUCAAAUAAAUACAAUAGCAGGAAGAACCUAUAAUGACCUUGCGCAGUACCCUGUGUUUCCCUGGAUUUUACAAGACUAUACUUCUGAAGAAUUGGACCUUAGUAACCCAGCUGUAUUUCGAGAUCUCUCCAAACCAAUUGGAGUUGUUAAUGAUAAAAAUGCUCAAGCUAUGAGAGAAAAAUAUGAAAAUUUUGAGGAUCCUAUGGGAACUAUUGAUAAGUUUCAUUAUGGUACUCACUACUCAAAUCCUGCGGGAGUCAUGCACUAUCUAAUCCGUACAGAACCGUUUACUACCCUUCACAUCCAGCUUCAGAGUGGAAGGUUUGACUGUGCAGAUCGACAGUUCCAUUCCAUCCCUGCUACAUGGCAGACUCUCAUGGACAACAUGUAUGAUGUGAAGGAACUUAUUCCUGAAUUCUUCUAUUUUCCAGAAUUUCUGGAAAAUCAAAAUCAAUUUAACUUGGGUCGUCUCCAAGUUUCCAAAGAACAAGUAAAUGAUGUCAUUCUCCCAAAAUGGGCUAAGUCAUCUGAAGAUUUUAUCUAUAAGCAUAGGAAAGCUCUGGAGUCUGAAUAUGUUUCUGCACAUCUUCAUGAAUGGAUAGAUCUGAUUUUUGGCUAUAAACAGAGAGGGCCAGCUGCAGUGGAGGCACUUAAUGUGUUCUAUUACUGUAGCUAUGAAGGAGCUGUGGAUCUAGAUGCCUUAACUGAUGAGAAAGAAAGAAAAGCCUUAGAAGGAAUGAUUAAUAAUUUUGGGCAGACACCUUGCCAGCUGUUAAAGGAACCUCACCCUCCUAGGUUAUCAGCAGAGGAAGCAAUGCAGAAGCAAACCAAAACAGACACUUCAACCGUAAACUUAUUUCAACACCUCCUUGAACUCAAGUCAUUUUUCAUUGAGGGGAUUAGUGAUGGUAUUCCGCUAAUAAAGGCCAUUAUUCCCAAAAAUCAGUCUCGUUCAUUUAUGUCUCAGGGCAGUCCUGAGUUACUGGUAACAGUAAACACUAAUUACAUUAUUGGAACCCAUGGGUGGUUGCCUUAUGAUAGAAAUAUUUCUAAUUAUUUUACAUUCUUGAAGGAUCAAACUGUGACAAAUCCAAAAACACAGCGUAGUAUGAAUCAUCCUUUUGCUCCGGGAUUGGAAAUCACUUCUAAACUAUUUAUAGUAUCACAUGAUGCAAAGUUGCUUUUCAGUGCUGGACACUGGGAUAAUAGCAUUCAAGUGAUGUCACUUACAAAAGGCAAAAUUAUUUCAUAUAAUAUCAGACAUAUGGAUAUUGUUACUUGUUUAGCUAUAGAUUACUGUGGUUUACAUUUGAUAUCUGGAUCCAGAGACACUACAUGUAUGAUAUGGCAAAUAAUGCAACAGGGAGGUGUUCCUGUGGGCUUAGCAUCUAAGCCCUUUCAGAUUCUCUAUGGACAUACUGAUGAAGUACUGAGUGUUGGCAUCAGCACUGAGCUAGACAUGGCAGUGUCAGGAUCACGGGAUGGCACUGUGAUAAUACACAGCAUUCAAAAAGGUCAAUAUAUGAGGACUUUACGACCACCUUGUGAGAGUUCUCUCCUCCUAACCAUUCCAAAUUUGGCUAUAUCUUUAGAAGGACAUAUUGUCAUCUACUCAAGCAUUGAAGAAAAGAAUACACUCAAGGAUAAGAAUGCAUUACAUCUGUUUUCAAUAAAUGGAAAAUAUCUAGGGUCUCAAGUCCUGACAGAACAAAUAUCAGACUUAUGCAUAAUUGGAGAACACAUUGUCCUGGGCAGCUUACAAGGGUUCCUAUCCAUCAGAGAUCUCUACAGCUUGACUCUCAGCAUCAAUCCAUUAUUCAUGCGAGUGCCUAUCCACUGUAUUUGUGUAACCAAAGAGUACAGCCAUAUUCUUGUAGGAUUAGAAGACGGCAAAUUGAUUGUAGUCGGGGUUGGCAAACCAGCUGAGGUACGAACAGGUCAGCUCUCUCGAAAAUUGUGGGGCUCAAGCAAGCGUCUCAGCCAGAUUUCAGCUGGAGAAACUGAAUAUAAUACUCAAGAUUUCAAGUGAUUGUUGUAUUCAUCUUCUAUUUAACUGAGUAGAAGUUUUUGGAUAACUUAAACUUGAUUUAUUGAAUUGUCACUUUAACCACAUCUCUUAACUUCUUGAAAUGUUUUAAGACAUUUUAGUCCCUGAAAAUCAUUAAGGGAUUACUAGUAUAGUAUGUGUAUAAAUGCUUAGUUAUAGUAUUCUUCAUUUAAAAAUUCUAGAUAGGGCUUAAUUAAUAAUUCAACGGGUUAUGCAUAUGCUUUGCAUGUGGGAAACCCAGUUUAGAUUCUGGCACCCCCAGGUUCUGCAAAUAGUACCUGGAGUAACCUCCAACACUGCUAGUAGGGUCUUAAUGCAAAAAAAAAAAAUCCGUGUUUACAUUAUUGAAUUUGAUUAAGCAAUUUUGGCUAAUAUAAGGUGAAUUUGAGGAAACAUGUUGAUUGGAUUUGGUGAUAAAUUACUAAUGAUUAGAUCCAUUUUUAAUAGCAAACUUCUCAGAAAAAGAAAUUGUAUUAGACCAGCUUAUUUUUCCAUAUAACAAAAUUUAAGGUAUUUCUAAUAAAGGUACAAAUAAGGUAAAUGUUAAGAGACAUGGCUAUUAAGUCCUAUUUAGUACAUUGUUUUAUUAUUUAUUGACCACCAUAUUAAAAUAUGCUUAUUUAUAUGGAAGUUUGAUUGAGGAUAAUAUUUUCAAGACAUCUGUUGCAUACAUUUUUGUGUUAGGACUAUUGAAACUGGUACAUUAGCUUGUUCUGCUAUAUAGUGCAUUACUAAUGAGAAUUUACUGAAAUAUAUUUAUUAUUUUAAAAUAAUGGUUGAGUGAAAAUAAGUAACUAGGUAUAAACCAUACAGAUUUGUUUCUUUAGUAUUAUACCAAACUAAAAUGCUUAUUAUGAUUUUUACACUUGGGUCUUUUAAGUAGUAUUGCAGCACAAUUUGAGUCUUAAAAGUUUAAAAUUUUUUGACUUGUUUUGCACUGAGUAAAUACUGUUUACCCCCAAUAAUUUGAAAAAUUACUAAUGGUACCCAAAUAUAUUAUUUUUACCUGCAAUUUCUUUGUGAUGAGUGAAUUAAAAAUGUAUGCAACUAGUCACUUAGAUAUAUUAAUUUUAGGAGAAGUAUGUAUUUCUAUUACAAUGUUACAUAUAAAUUUUAGGUUUGUAACUUUAUUAUGCAUAGUUUAUUGUUAUGAUAAAUGAUUAAUUUUUCAGGAUAUUAAAGUGAAAGCCUGAUAGAGUUGUUUGGUAAUUUAGAUAUGUCAGACUGAGAAGACACUGAUAUUUAGCAGUGCUGGGAAUCAAACCCAAGGUCUCACACAUGGAAAGCAAGUGUUCUACCACUGAGCCACUGAUAGAGUUAUUUAAAACUCAAAAAGAUGGUUUGCAAAGUUGUUUUUCAUAAGGUUUUUACAAGGUCAUCAUAUGAGUUAGAGAACUUAAAUACUUUCAGCUGUUCUUAAUCUGAGAUUGCAUAAGUUUGGAAAAUUCAUGUAUCCUCUGAAAUUAUGUGGAAAUUCUAUAUAUUAAAUGCACUUUUUUUAAAAGGACUGAAUAGCUAGAUAUUUAAUAAGUUUUCUGUAGCCAGAGUUGUGAAAAGUCUUUUUAUAAUAGGUUCAUAAUAUUCUUUUUGAUUCCACAAAUCACAGAUUUAUUUAUAUCCAGUUGUCUUUUAGUUCAAUAUUUAAUAAAUUUUCCUUCUGCAGUUUUUUUUUAUUCUCAUAUUUUCUUUAUAAUCUGUGAAUGAGUUAAACAUUUAUAAGGAGAGGAUAUCAUCUUGAAAAGCUUUCAAAAGAUCUAAUCUGAGGCUAAAAAGAUGGUAUUGCACUUAUAUUGCACACACUUGACCCAGGUUUGAUCCCCACAACCCCAUAUGAUCCUCUGAUCCCUGCCAGGAAUGAUCCUUGAGUACAGAGCCAGAAGCAUGUCCUGAUCACUGGAGGGGGUGGCCAAAAAGCUAAAAAAAAAAAAAAGUAAUAAAUAUUUGUGCCGUUUGUGUUAGGACUAAUUAAAAGUUGCAGGGUCAGAAAGAUAGUAUAGUGGGUAAGGUACUUGCUUUGUAUGUGGCUAACCUGGGUUCUAUCCCUGGCACCCCAUGUGGUUCCCCAAGCCUGCCAGGAGUGACCCCUGAGUACAGAGCCAGAAAUAAACUCUGAGCACUGCUGUGUUUACCUCCAUGCCCUCGACGAAUGAAAGUUAUAAGAGAAUUUUCUUUCCUUUUAUUUAAAACUCUUAAUAAACCAACCAGUUACAUUUUAGCUAAUUAACACUGAAAUAAAUUGGUCCAACUAAUGCAAAAUAGACAUGUAUGUAUAUUAUAUAUUCAUGUUCUAUAUAUAAAUAUAUAUACAUAUAUGUAUGAAUAUAUACAAAUAUAUAAAUUGAAUAUUUCCUUUUUUGAGUACUUAAAAAAUUUGCAAUAAAAUACCCCCAAACAAAUCACCAUAGAUUACAUUUUAUUGGACGUUUCAAGUGAACCAAACAAUUCAACUGAUUUUUUUAAUAUUUUCUAUGUUGAUUUUUCCAGGAGACUGUUUCUUUAUUUGGAUAUUUUUCUUUUGUUCACCCAGAGUUGUUUGUUUGUUUGUUUGUUUUAAAUCACACCCUCUCCAGGGACUCCUGACAAUGAGGUCAGUCAGGAUCACCUUGGCAUAUCCAUGACUCCAAGGAUUAAGCAUAAAACUUCAUUCUUGCUCUGGAGUUUCCUAAGCCACUAACCCUCUUCUAGGCCCUUUCUCCCCAGGAUCACUGAGCUAUCAGGAAUCUCCUCAGAGUAUGCUGGAAGUAUUGAGGUUUAAACACUAGGCCUUGUUCAUGCUACUAGGUCAGUGCUUUAAACCACCAGACCAUCUUCUUGGUCCUUGUCCAGAGGUUUUUAAGUUAGGAUAUCUUCUUUAUUUUUAAGGUCACUUAAAUAAAUUGUAUGUCAAAAUUAUUUUUAAUACUUAUACAUUGUUUUUAAAAGUUAAACUCAUUAUUAGGAAAUAUAUGGUAUUUUACUUUGUUGCUUUUUUGAUGAAAAAUUGAGCAAGCAGUAUUCAUUGUAUAGCACAAAUGAUAAAAUUUUUAUAGACUUAAAUAACCUAACACUACAUGUUAGUGGAUUGAUUUCUUAUAUUACUUUGUCCAAAAGUAAAAAUGUAAUUGUGGAUAUUUUUUAGAAAACUAUUUGAGAAUGCUAGAGCAGUCAAGAGGAAAUUAGUUUGUCUAUUAAAUAAGCAAAUUUGAACUAUUCACAGAAUAAUAUAUCCUUUGAAUUUUAAUUUAGCCACAGAAUUAAGAUUCAUUAGAUAAAAUCAUUGGAAAUAUUUACUUUAGGGGAUUGUGUUAAAUUGGAUAUUAUCAUUAAAAUUGUCCCUAGGGGGCUGGAGUGAUAGUUCAGUGGGCUGGGCGUUUGCCUUGCACGCAGCCGACCUGGGUUUGAUCCCCAGCAUCCCAUAUGGUACCCCCAAGCACCACCAGGAGUUACCCCUGAGCAUUGCUGGGUGUGACCCAAAAAGCAAAAUAAAAAAAAAAGCUGUUUCUAUAUUGUAUAAUAGUAUAAAUUGGCAAUGUUCUCAGAGUGGUGGGCUGGAGCAAUAGCACAGCGGGUAGGGUGUUUGCCUUGCACACGGCCGACAUGGGUUUGAUUCCUCUGCCCCUCUCGGAGAGCCCGAUAAGCUACUGAGAGUAUCUCGCCCUCAUGGCAGAGCCUGGCAAGCUACCAGUGGCGUAUUCGCUAUGCCAAAAACAGUAGCAACAAAUCUCACAUAGAGACGUUACUGUUGCCCGAUUGAGCAAAUCGAUGAACAAACAAUGGGAUGACAGUGAUUAGUGAUACAGUGAUUAACAUAAGAUCUAAUAUUUCACUUGGAUGGACAUAGGUAGAGAAAAUUAUUUGACUAACAGAUUUUAAAAAUAAUUAUAAGCUGGGGCUGGAGCUAUAGUAUAGCAGGUAAAGCGUUUGCCUUGCACAGGGCCGACUCAGGGGCCCAGAAUCCCAUAUGGUCCCCCAAGCACUACCAAGAGUAAUUCCUUAGUGCAGACCCAGGAGUAACCCAUGUGCAUCGCCAGGUGUGACUCAAAAAAAAAAAAAAGGAAAGAAGAAAAGUUAUAAGCAUACAGCCUUUGCUUAUGUAUUUUUAUAUUAGUGUUUCUAAUUAAUUAAUGAAAAAUUUUAGUUCCUUUUACAGAUUAUAUUUUAUAUUUUAAAAUGAAUAGCAUCUGUCAAUUUUCCAAUGAAAUGAUGCAACUGCAUGAACUGUAUUAAGUAUAAAUACUACAUAAAUAAUAUAUUUUAUGUGAAGGUUGAUAUCCUCAAAUACAUCACUAAAUUCGUCUUCUGCAGAUAAUUCUCAAGUCCGUCUUUAGAUUUUAGAUUUUGCCUGAUAAAAGAAAUGAAACAGUCUUACCUUUCUAAAUUUAAUGUUUUUCUUUAAUUGUCUCCUUGCUUGCCUAAUAGUUAAGACUCCUAACCUGCCCUGAUAAGUAACUGGUUCUCUCAACAACUGAAACUUCUUGUCCUGGCUAUUGAUCUUUCUUAAAUAUUUUUUACUAUUUAAAUAUUUCAAUUUAAUCUUAUAGUGAUAUCUUAUAGCCUACUUCUCCCUCUGGGAGAACCUGGCAAGCUACCGAGAGUUUCCUGCCCACAUGGGAGAGCCUCACAAACUCCCCAUGGUGUAUUCCGAUGCCAAAACCAGUAACAAAUUGGGUCUCAUUCCCCUGACCCUGAAAGAGCCUCCAAUGUGGCAUCGUUGGGAAGGAUGAGUAUAGAGAGGCUUCUAAAAUCUCAGGGCUAGGACAAAUGGAAACGUUACUGAGACUGCGCAAGAAGUUCAACGAUCAAUGGGGUGAUGAUGACGAUGAUGAUGAUCUUAAAUACUAUCUUAAAUAUUUUAACCAAACUCAACAAAUACACAUUUUCUGUAUUUUUUAACCUUAUUACCCCAUUUUUCUUUUUGCCUAGGUCAUAUAUGAUAAUAUAUUUACCAUUUGAUGUCUUUUAACUGUGACCCAUUCAAACCAUGACCCCAUCCAGAAGGUUAUUUUUGUAGUUUUCUUGAAUCUUGGUGGUGCUUUUUCUAAUGUGAUAACAAUCUAGUGCCAUUGAACUAUAUCUUACUUCAAUAUAAUUGAAGUGUUAGCCUUAACUUUAUUUAUUGGACCCAUACCUGUGAUGCUCAGGGAACUAUGUUAGGUCAAUAAUCAAACUAAGUGGCUGCAUGCAAGUAAAGUGCAUCAACUCUUGUGCUUUCUAUCUCUGGUCCUGUAACUUUACUACUUCGUUUUGAGUUUAGCACCUUCUAUACCAGUGGUUAAAUAAUCAAGAUUACAGAUCAGGAACUGGGGAAAUAAUUAAGUUCUAGAUGGAUGCUCUUCAUAUAAAGUCCCGGAUUUAAUCCAUGCCACCACAUGGUUCCCUCUCAAGCUCUACAAAGUGUGACCAUAUAUAGAGACUAUAUGUGUCCUUAAAGUUUUAUAAAUUAUAAAUACUAGGGAAUUUGGACUUGCUGAAUCUUCUUACUUGAUAUUCUUGGUAUAAAAAUUUUUUGUAUUAAUAAAACUUAUAUAAAUUGUAUUCAUUCAUUUUUAUAAGUCAGACCUAGUAGUCAUACACUUAUUUGAAAAUAAUCACAAAGACAAAUGCCUUUGAUGUAAUCACUAUCAAAGGCAUUUGUCUAAAAUUUGUUUGAUCUAAUUGUUUUGCAUGCUGUAGAAGCAAAUUCCUUUUUAGUUGCUUUAUUUUAAUUUUGUUUUUUGGGCUUACUCCUGGCUCUAUGUUCAGGGGACUAGAUGGUGGUACCAAGGAUUGAACCAAAGUUGCUUGUGUUCAAGACAAGCACCUUACCCACUAUACCAUUUCUCUGUCCCAGGUAUUUAUUGUAAUUUCUCUUCACAUCUUUCACACUUGAAAAUUGUAACUAACAUUCACCUCUAAAAAGUGUUUGAUUAUAUUAGUUGCUAGUAACUCAGUGCAUAUUGUGCAUCCAAAUUCAGUAAUAUUUUUAAUUUAUAAGUAACCACAUAAUUUUUAAAGUAUUCAUAAUCCUCAGAUAUAAAUUCUAUAUUUAAAAUAAUUAAAUCUUUGAUGACCUUGAAGCUAUCAAUCAAUAGAAUUUUCCUAAUAAAAUGUAUUGAAUAGAUUCCUUAAGUGCUUUUGGCAAUUUUUAUAGAUAUAACCUCUAUGUAAAACUGAUCUUUUUGUUUUUUGUAGAAGAUAAAGCGUUAAUAAUUAAGAUGUUUACUCCUAAAUUGAAAAUGACAAUUUUAUAUACCAAAUGUGUAAGGCCUUUCUAGAUUUAGUUAUGUGUUUUUCUUUAGUAUGAACACCUUGUGUGAAAAUGCUGUCAGGUACUUUUGUGGUAACCUGUAGUAACUCAUCUAAGAUACAUCUUCAUAGGUUAUCUCACUGACAUUUUCAUUAUAUAGGCUUUUUCUCAGCAUAUUACAUAUGUGGAUCUUUAACACUAAUACUUUAGUGAAAACAGAACAGAUACGACUACAUAUGCUUUGUAAAAGUGACUAUAAACUCACUAACUGAAAUUUAGAAGGAAGGAAUAAACACAGAAAGCACUGAUUUAAUAUUUGUUUUUCAUGUAUAGUUCUAAUGUGUUUCCUUGAAAACUUAUUCAGAAAAUAUUACCAUAAUCAUCACAAGAAAAAGAACAUAAUUCAGUUACUGAAAAACUUAGCUGUGUAUUUUCAGAAUUGACUGUCAAUGGAGUUUUGGAGGGAUGUGCCAGAGUGCACUUUUAUUUCACUUAUAUGGUUACUGUCUUAUUU